GGAUUCCUUCUCUUGGCCCUUCGUCCCUGGGUUGUGGACUCGGGUUGUAGUCUCCAUCACCUUCAGUUGUGGUGGUCCUUGCUGUGGCACCUUCGAGAGCCUGCAGUUCUUUCAUCUGCUUGAUGUAGGCUCUGGUGGCCAUUCUUUUCUCUGCUUCUGUCUGGGUUCUUGAUUCUGCCAUCUCUGUGAGUUGUGGGUAAACCGUCCUCUGCUACCAACCUGUUACUGAUUUCUAGGAUCUUACCCAAUAACUCCAAACACAGGAUGCAGUGAACCAAUGCUCUUUAUUGAUCAAUGUUUCUAUUACAGGUAUUCAGCUGGAAGUGGCUCCUGGACUCCUGGACCGUGUCUUAAGUACCUGGGAGGCGGAGCUAAGAUUCUUCCCUAUUUGAGGAAUAUGCAGUUCAACAACAGUGCUGGAGAUGAAGUCUUCUUCUCAGAAGAUGGACUAGGAUCUGCUCGUUACGAUCUUCUCAACUGGGUUUUCCUCCCCAAUAAAUAUUUUGUCCCCGUGAAGGUUGGGCAAGUAAAUCCUGAGGCUCCCCCAGGCCAAGAUUUCACCAUUAAAUCUGAUGGAAUCGUCUGGGCCACAAAGGUGAGCUGCUUGUCCAGAAGGGACCUUUUCUAAUCAGACAGGUAGACAAGACUUCAAAUGUUAAUCUUUCAGGAUCAAAGAAGACAUUCAUUAAGUCAUUUUUUGUUAUUGUGUCAUUUUUCAUAAGAUUGACAUAAAAUCAUAUCUUUCAGCAAAACCUUUCAGUUUACAGAUCUAAACUGCCCCGGCCACAGAGGCACCUUUCCUGAUCCUCAGCAGUUCCAUGCAGGAUAGCUUUUGGGCAGAAUUUAUGAAUCUCCAACUAGGAUUUCCACUCCUAUUCUAAUCCCCAAAUGCAAAAAUUGCCUUCCAAUCUUUCCUGAAGAAGUGUGGUGUGCAGUUCAAGCUUUAAUUUUUAUUAUUCAGAAUAUGCUCCUUCCUUCAGCACUAUCAACCUCUGAGGAAAUAGACCUGCCAGGGAAAGAAGACAUUCAUCUAUCUACGUCUCUUUGAUAGAGCAGGAAAGAGCAAAAAACGUCUGAAUGAACAGGAUCAUCAUAAAUGGAGGAUGAUUUGCCCUUUUUGAUGCCCCAUAAAUUGUACAGGGAGUCCUUUCAUCAUUCCCUUUGUGGACAGGCCAACAGCAGAAAGAGGAAGUCAUAUCACCUCCGUAGGAGGGAUAAUGCAUGUGGCAGAUCCCCCUGAAAUUCUUAGCCAAACACUCUUGAUUUCAGAUGCAGCUCACUGUGAACCCUGCCCAGAAGACCAAUAUCCCAACAAGGCCAAGGACCAAUGCAUUGCCAAGAAGAUCCACUUCCUUUCCUAUCAAGAGACCCUGGGAUACACUUUAGUUUUUCUUGCUCUUUUUCUCUCUGUGAUCACUUCUGCAGUCCUGGUAAUUUUCCUUAAACAUCAUGACACACCAAUUGUCAAGGCCAACAACCGAGAUCUCACUUACAUUCUCCUGGUCUCCCUCCUGCUCUGCUUCCUCUGCUCCUUCCUCUUCAUUGGUCAACCAGGGAAGCUCACCUGUCUCUUCCAACAAUCUGCCUUUGCCAUCCUCUUUUCCCUUGCGGUUUCUUCUGUGUUGGCAAAAACUGUCAUGGUGGUUCUGGCCUUCAUGGCCACCAAGCCUGGAAACAGGUCAAGGAAACUCUUAGGAAAACCACUGACCAACUCCAUUGUCAUAACCUGUCCCCUGCUCCAAGUACUUCUUUGUGCCACCUGGCUGGGAAUCUCAACUGUGUUUCCUAGCUGGGACUUUCACUCCUUGUUUGGAGAGACCAUCUUGGAAUGCAAGGAAGGCUCAACUGUAAUGUUUUACGGUGUCCUCUCUUACCUAGGACUUUUGGCCCUAGUCAGUUUCACAGUGGCAUUUCUAGCUAGGAAAUUGCCUGACAGCUUUAAUGAAGCCAAGUUCAUUACUUUUAGCAUGCUGGUCUUUUGCAGUGUUUGGAUCUCCUUCCUCCCUACCUAUCUGAGCACCAAAGGGAAGUCCAUGGUAGCCGUGGAGAUUUUCUCCAUUUUAGCCUCUGGAGCUGCUCUCUUGGCUUGUAUCUUUUUUCCCAAAUGCUACAUUAUUCUGCUGAGGCCCCAUCUGAAUUGUAGAGAAAAUAUAGUAAGAAACAAAAAAUUCUAACUAAUGCAAAGAUUAGCCUCAUUUAUAUUUGUCUUUGAAUGUGAUAAAAGUUCUAAGAAAUGAUGGCAUAAAGGAGAAAUUUGCCCAUAAAAGAAUUCCUUAUCAAGUGCUGCAACUGUUACAAUAUACCUGUUUUCAACAACAAACACCCUGCAUUUUGU